CUUUACAAUUCCCUCUGCAAUCACCAAACCCUAACCCUAAAAUCACACUUCAUCCCCCAAUACCGAAACCAUUGUUUCUUCUCAUAUCUCUCUCAAUUACUCAUGCACUGAAUUCUAAUGCGAGCUCUGAGUCGAUCUGGUCGAGCUUUCAAUCUCUCGUCUCUAUGAUGGACGCUUUGAAGGAGAAUCUGGAAGAGGUGGAGAUUGGAAGCUCCGUGGAUUCGAUUCAAAAGUUGUUGGAGUCACAAAGAGAGCUUUUCCACAGCCAGAUCGAUCAGCUCCGUAAUGUGGUUGUCAAACAAUGUCAGCUCACCGGCGUCAAUCCUCUUGCUCAGGAAAUGGCAGCUGGUGCUUUAUCUAUAAAAAUAGGAAAACGGCCUAGAGAUUUGUUAAACCCUAAGGCUAUACAAUACAUGCAAGGACUUUUUGCUAUUAAAGAUGCGAUUAGUAAGAAGGAAUCCCGUGAAAUUAGUGCUCUAUUCGGUGUUACAGUUACACAGGUGCGUGAUUUUUUUGCUAGUCAACGCACAAGAGUGAGAAAGCAAGUUCGGUUAUCAAGGGAGAAGGCCAUUAGAUAUAAUGCUUCUAAAGGGCCCAGUGUUGCUGUGUCGGAUGUCACAACACCUGUUGAGCCUGUUCCAUUGGAUCUAGUUGGCCCUGUAAGUGCUGAAGAAGCACCUUCUUGCUCAACACAGGAGGAUGCUCUCCCUGGCCUAGAUGAGUCAGAUAGACAUUUUGUUGAAAAUAUUUUCCAUGUGAUGCGGAAAGAGGAAACUUUUUCUGGUCAAGGAAAGCUGUUGGAGUGGAUCUUAAAGAUACAGAAUUCUACAGUAUUAUCUUGGUUUUUAACUAAAGGUGGUGUGAUGAUUUUAGUAACAUGGUUGACUCAAGCAGCUAUUGAAGAACAAACAACCAUUUUGGCUAUCAUCCUUAGGGUUCUUUGUCAUUUGCCUCUGCAUAAAGCUCUCCCUGAGCAUAUGUCAGCAGUACUACACAGUGUUAACAGACUGCGCUUCUACAGGACAUCAGACAUAUCAAACAGGGCAAGGAUGUUGUUAUCAAGGUGGAGCAAAAUAUUCGCCAGGAGUCAGACUAUGAAGAAACCCAAUGGUUUGAAGUCAUCUGCUGAAGCACAGAAUGAGUUGCUGCUGAAGCAGAGUAUCAACGAAAUUAUGGGAGAUGAAUCGUGGCAAUCAAAUGUUGACAACGCUGAAGGAGUUCUUGUUCCCUCAAAUGUCAGGAAACUGGAUUCUCCACAAACUCUGAAAUUAUUGCCAGCCCCAACAGAUGAUUCAACAAGGAAGCACAUUUUAGGUGCAUCAGCUUCCUAUAACAGGGAGCGCAGAAAGGUUCAGUUGGUGGAACAACCUGGUCAAAAAACAUCUGGCAAAAGUUCCCAGGCAACAAGAACAGCCCCUGUUAAUCAAGGCCGUCCAAUGUCUGCUGAUGAUAUCCAGAAAGCAAAAAUGCGUGCUCUGUAUAUGCAGAGCAAAUCUGGGAAGGCUGUUUGUUUACCUAAUGGAACAAAUGAAGGGAAGACUGAAACUUUAAACAAAUCUUCAAGUACUCCAAUCACCAUUUCAUCCCCAUUAUCUGUAAGUCAUGCUUUGCUUAAACCUGACGAACCAAAGAAGCCUGUGAUGCUUCCCACCAAAACCUCUAAUAGGUUGGAAACUCUUGAUCAAAGCCAGAAAGUAAACUCGCUGGAGCCCCCAUGGGAGAAUUGCAAAACCUUUAGUAGCAUGGAAUCUCUUGAUCAAAACCAGAAAAUCGAUUCACAGGAGUCCCCACAGGAGAAAUGCAAAACCUUUAAUAGGAUGGAAACUCUUGAUCAAAACCAGAAACUGGACUCACAGGAGCCCCCAUGGGAAAAAUGCAAGAAGGUUCAAAUCCCAUGGUGGACACCACCAGAAAUCAAACUCCAUGACCCCUGGAGAGUUGGUGAUGGUGAAAAUAGCAAAGAGAUUGAUGUUCAGAAAAACAGAAACCGUCGAGAGAAGGAAACUACCUAUAAUACAGUUCAAGAAAUACCAUCUAAUCCAAAGGAACCAUGGGACCUGGAAAUGGACUAUGAUGACACACUCACCCCAGAAAUCCCCACUGAACAGCCACCUGAUAUUGAUGGCUCAGAAACACAGGUUGUCCAUGAAGGACAUGUAAAUGGUGCAGCAGUUGCUCAGGCACCUUCAUCGUCCCAAAUUGGCUGCACCAUUGCAGCAGAACCCGAUUUAGAGCUGUUAGCUGUCUUGCUGAAAAACCCAGACCUGGUUUUUGCCUUGACUUCUGGCAAUUCUGCUAACCUGACAAGCCAGGAAACAGUGAAGCUGCUAGAUAUGAUUAAGUCUGGUGGGGCUGGUUUAGCUGCUAAUUUGAAUAGUUUUGGUAAUAAAGUAGCAGAGAAGGUUGAAGUUUCUCUUCCAUCACCCACUCCACCCAGCAAUCCUGGAACGAGUGGAGGGAGGCCAGAGACAGUCAGAAAUCCGUUUUCACAGCAGAGUUCAAUGAGGAGCAGCAGAAUUGCCCCUACUGCCUCCACCGUGGAAAAGCUUCUUGCUUCCGGAUCAGUGUUGCCUCAUAUCCCCCCUACUGACAUUACAGCGGCACAACAGCAAGGAAAUGCCCCAACAUUAGCCCAGCAGCUAGUUGCAGCCAUGACACAGUUGUUGCCCCAAUCAAAUGUGGGACUGGUCCCUGAAACACAACAGCCUCCUGUAGUUCCCUCUGCAAUCAUGCAAAAACCAGUAACAGAUGUAACCUUAACCAUGAAAAAUCAACCCAUCGUGCCUGCUUAUGUACCAAGUUUACAUGCUGCAGGUGGCCCCUCAUUGCGGGUUGAAACCACAAGUAACAUAAAACCUUCACUACCUUUGUCCAUUGCACCAACUGCAGCAGAGAAGUCACACACUCCAUUUUCCGUGCCAGCCUAUUUAUCAAGGCCACAAGCACAGUCGCAGCCAUCCCUUGCAUCUGAUCCAUCAUUUACUCAUGUAUAUUCAUCUAGACCACCAUCGGGAAAUAUUGAUGCCGUAACUGAUCCUUGGAGAAUCAGGCAGGGUUUGGCUUCAAACCCUUAUUCUCAGGCCAUUCAGAACAAUUAUAAUACAUCAAUGGGAGGACCUGUGCAGCGUCAGUUACGAGCAGGUCCUCAAUGGGAGGGGAAUGAGUAUGUUAGUAACCAAGGAUUUGAGUCAUGGAGUCCGGACAACAGCCCCACUAGAUCUCCAGGGUAUGUAUCAGAACGGAACAUGGAGCCUGGAACAAACCCCGGAUGGGGCUACAGACCAGAAAAUUCAUGGCAACAGAGUUCUGGGUAUUGGGAUCAUAACAGGCAGGGAAACAGAAGAUGGCGUGACCGGAGGAGAUGACAUGUUACGGAUUUUGGGAAUGAUUCAUGUUCCGGAUUUUGGGAAUAAUUGAUUCCCCCUGGCCUGUUAUUGGCUUCAUGUAUACUCUGAAUGUUCAAUUGACAUUUUUUUCAUGUUUUGAGAUUGAAGGAUGGGAGGAUGCGAAAAUAGGAGAACGGUACAUAUAAUGGACAUUAAAGGUGCAAUUGCAGCUUGCCCGUGACAUUUAAUUUUAUGUAUUGCACUUCUAUAAUAAUGGACUUUUUGUUUA